UGUCUAGACCUCAGAGCUCUCCUGAAGACCUGAAGGUGCUAACAGGGAACGUGAACCGAUUAAACGAAAGCUUGCGGGACCUCCAGCUGAAAACAAUCCAUCAGCCGGUCAAAGUAGACUUCCUGGACCACAUCUGGCGUCUUCAGGACCUCCUGCACAACCACUCCGAUUCCCUUCUGGCAAUGACAGGCUCCCUUCAGAAACUGGAAGGGGCGCUUGGGAGCCUGCAGGCACAAGCCGCUCAGACAGACAGAGUCGUCGCUGGACUGAGGGACAGUCUGAACCAGCAGAGCGACCUGGCGCAGAUGGAGAUCUACAGGCUCUCAGUGGAGGGAAACAGCAGCCUGCUGAGGCUGAAGCACCACGAAGUCUUGCUCAAUGAGCUGGCAUCCCACGUGGAGACCAUGAGUGACCAGCUGACCGAGGUGGGCGGGGAAGUGGGCACCAUGAACAGGACUCUGUCCUACGACGUGGGCAUCCACCACACCCGCAUCCAGGACCUACAGGUCCUGAUCAGCAACGCCACAGAGGAUGCCCGGCAGAUGCGUCUCAUCCACAUUGCCAUGGAGCAGCAGCUCAAGCAUGAGCUGGCUAUCCUGAACAAUGUGACUGAGGACCUGAGGCUCAAGGACUGGGAGCACUCCAUCGCCUUGAGGGACAUCUCCGUCAUACAAGGACCUCCAGGACCAAAAGGGGAUCAAGGCAACGAAGGGAUGGAAGGUGAACCUGGGCCACCUGGCUUACCUGGACUGCAAGGGUACCCUGGGGAAAGAGGACCUAUGGGGCCACGGGGCCUCAAGGGGGACCAAGGACUUUUGGGCGCACGAGGAUUGCCUGGCUCCCGUGGAAUGACAGGUGACCGAGGCCCAAAGGGAGAAAAAGGAGAGAAGGGAGAGAGAGGAGACAGAGGUACAGAAAUAGCACCUGCUCCAGUAGAGGGGGUCAUCCGUCUGGUGAAUGGCUCGGGCCCCCACGAGGGGCGAGUGGAAGUUUUCUACAGCCGACUAUGGGGGACUGUUUGUGAUGAUGGCUGGGAUACAAAGGACGGUGAUGUUGUGUGCCGGAUGCUGGGUUUCCGGGGUGCUGAAGAGGUUUACAGGAUGGCUGCAUUUGGACAAGGAACUGGGCGUAUCUGGAUGGAUGAUGUGGCCUGUAAGGGGACGGAGGACAGCCUGUUCCAGUGUAGCUUUCCCAGCUGGGGAAAAACAAACUGUGGACAUGCCGAGGAUGCAGGAGUGACAUGCUCGACACUGUGAUAAGAGAAGUGUGGCAACCAAAGACUAUCCAUUGAGAAGGGAACUGUUGGAUCCCAGAGACUGUUCAAGACCGGCAGCCAUCUUUCUUCCUUUCCAGUUGCUGGCCAAGCGGAGCAGUAUCUCCCAGGGCUUGCUGUAGAGUCUACCGUGAUCUGGUGACCCCGCCAGGAUGAGGCUCCAGCCCUUCCUAAAUGAUAUUGCUUCUCUUUCUCACAUGUAGUCCAGCGUCACGGGACGAUGAGACCCUUAAAAUGUCUGUUCCUGACAGAACUGCUAGAAUCACGCAGACUUUGACUAGCCAGCUAUGACAAUCCUGUUAUUGCAAGCAGUGUACAAUGCAGCGAGCAAACCAGCACUACAGUUCCGCAAGGCCGGAAGACACAUGGGGCGGGGAGCAGCUGAGCACCUAAGGGCAUAACCUGUUUUCUUAACAAGCUGUUCGU